GAGCUCUGUGAGAGUGCUCAGGAUGAUAGCCUGUAUUUACUACACAUGACGGACAACUUUAUAAGGCAAAAAAAAAAACCACAUUGUUUACAUUGCUUACAUUGUUUACAUUGUUUUGACUGCCGCAAUCUACACAAAACUACACGAGUCGCGUGUUUUUGCGCUACAACACAUUACUGUAAGCAUAGGAGAGAAGUUGAGAAGGAAACAUGGAGUGUAAUCAGGAGCGGAGAGCGCAGAUGGAGAGCUGAAUGAACCUGUAUGAUGGAGCGGAUCAGGACUCUGCUGGUGUCAGUGAGGAGUGCUUUGCUCUGCAGCAUCAUUGUGCACUCAAUGUCCUGUUAUGAGAAGACUCACUCACAUGCUGAAGAUGAACUCUUCAAAAAGCUCUUUGUGGGAUACAACAAGUGGUCUCGGCCUGUGCCCAACACCUCAGAUGUGGUCAUCAUUAAGUUUGGCUUGUCCAUUGCCCAGCUCAUUGAUGUGGAUGAGAAAAAUCAGAUGAUGACAACCAACGUUUGGUUGAAGCAGGAGUGGAAUGACUAUAAAUUGAGAUGGAAUCCGUCUGAUUAUGACAACGUGACCUCCAUCCGGGUGCCAUCAGAGCUCAUCUGGGUUCCAGAUAUUGUGCUGUAUAACAAUGCAGACGGAGAGUUUGCUGUGACCCACAUGACCAAAGCUCACCUGUUCUACACAGGUAAAGUGCGCUGGGUUCCCCCUGCUAUCUACAAGAGCUCCUGCAGCAUUGAUGUCACAUUCUUCCCCUUUGACCAGCAGAACUGCAAGAUGAAGUUCGGCUCAUGGACAUACGACAAAGCGAAGAUCGACCUGGAGCGCUUAGAGACCACUGUAGACCUCAAGGACUACUGGGAAAGCGGAGAGUGGGCUAUCAUCAAUGCUGUAGGCACCUACAACACCAAGAAGUAUGACUGCUGCCAUGAGAUCUAUCCGGACAUUACAUACUUCUUCAUCAUUCGCCGCCUUCCGCUCUUUUACACCAUCAACUUAAUCAUCCCAUGUCUGCUGAUCUCCUGUCUGACCGUUCUGGUCUUCUACCUGCCAUCAGACUGUGGUGAAAAGAUCACACUGUGCAUCUCCGUCCUCCUCUCGCUCACCGUCUUUCUGCUGCUGAUCACUGAGAUCAUACCAUCCACGUCUUUGGUCAUUCCGCUCAUCGGGGAGUACCUGCUCUUCACUAUGAUCUUCGUCACACUCUCAAUCAUCAUUACAGUGUUCGUUUUAAAUGUGCACCACCGCUCACCAGGCACUCAUAAAAUGCCACGCUGGGUGCGCACUAUCUUUCUUGACCUUAUACCACGCUGGCUCUUCAUGCGCAGGCCUGCAGCCUACGGUCGCCGCAGGCAAACGCUUUUGCUGAUGCAAAGUCGGCAGUCGAAAGGUCUUGUGACUUCUGGAGCUUGUCUGAGCACUUCAGCCAUCUGGUUUAGGGAUGCUGAUAAAUCGCACAGACACUGCUGCUACGAGAACCUGGAGCUGGGAACACUCACUUCCAAUUUCUCUUUCUCUUUUCGUCCUCCUUCUCCUUGUCCACCGGACUCCACUCCCUCGCCUCAUCCACCUGCCCUGGCCCAAAAACAUGGACCUUCUACUAGCCAUGAUGUGUGGAUGGGAGCCAGUAAUAUGCUGGGGAACGAAAAUCAUCCUAAGCCAAAGUCAGAUGAGAGGAUUUCUUUGUCACCCAGCAUCAUACAGGCUUUGGAGGGAGUUCACUACAUCGCAGACCACCUGAGGGCAGAGGACGCAGACUUCAGUGUUAAAGAGGACUGGAAAUACGUUGCCAUGGUGAUUGACCGGAUCUUUUUGUGGAUGUUCAUCAUAGUGUGUCUGCUGGGCACCAUUGGCCUGUUCCUUCCUCCAUGGUUGGCUGGUAUGAUUUAGAGCCAGUCACACACACUUACCAGCAGGUUACCGUACUGCUGCUGUGAGAGCACUUGUCAGUACAGACAUUAAGCAAGCAUGCCACAAAGAUAAAUAAUAUAAAAUGCAAUGUACAGCAAGACAUUCAUCACAGGUCACAGAGCUUCUUAUAACAGUGGCUGCUAAAAGAGUCUGAGAGAGAAGUUUUUAAAUGUAAAACCAUGUGAUGAAUAAAAUGCAUUACCAUC